UUGGUUCUAGAGGGAAACAAGUUUCUUUACAGAGAUACUUUAGACCUGUGGGGCAGAAGGAUGAAUCUCACUUUUUUAAAAUGUGAAAAUAUAACAUUGGCUUAACCCACCACCAACCGCAGGAUAGGAUAGCUAAGAAUCUAUGUAAGUAUGACAUCAUACUGUCUCCGUUUUCCAUUCUAUUUACUGCACUCAUUGCCUAGUUACCAGCUGCGUGGGCUUGGGAGUCAUAUGUGAAUCAAUACUUCAGUGUCCCAACACUUCCCUGUGGGUAGAGUAAAAUACAGCUUUAGAAAGACAUUCUUCCUGAAACAAGGCAAUAUGGGAAGCAAGUUUAGCAAAAUAGUAGCCUGGUAUAACAAGCAUAUCAAGCAUGAGAGGGAACCCGCAAUCAAGCUCAUAGACCCUGUCUUUCACCACCAUAAAAUCAAAACCUAUGGCCUUGAGCUGAGAGAUUCAGAGCUGCCCCUGGAGGACAGAGCCAUAGCUGCAUUAUAUAUUGGACUUCUUACUUACACAGGUGGUGUCAAUGCUGCUUUGCUUGCAUCAGAAUACAUUCAGGAUAUGAUUAAUAUUUUGCUUAUGCCAGAUACUUCUGGGGAAGUGAGGACCUAUGUAUUAAAAGGGUUGUGUGGAAUUUGCUACCUAAGCUACUUAAACCAAAAUGAAGCCAAAGACAGACAUCUUAUGGAAAUCCUCCUUGCUUAUCUGGAAGAAGAUGAAGACCCUGAAGAUGAUGACCCUCUAGAUAUAAUCACUAUGAAGCUCUGGGUUUGCUACCUUAUGACUGUUGUCUGCUGUAACAACAUCCCUUAUCUCAAGUUAUUUAAUGAAGUGGGUGGCCUUAAGCUACGUAAAAGUCUGGAGUCCCUGUCUAAGCGGGAAUGGUUUAGCUGGCCGCAAAACUAUGCCAGGUUAAUGCUAGCGCUUCUAGCCUACCAAGAACAGGUAAAAGAAUCACUAACAGUUAAAAGUAAGAAAUCCAGCUUACAUGAAACGUAA